GCGAGGAACACUUUCACUUCCUGCUACUCCAGGCCUCCCCUCGGAGAACAGCGUUCAGACCAUGACUCACUGGCCUCCCACAUCCUGAGCAUGGCCAAGCCAGACGACAAGGCCUCCACGGGUCCCAGCAACGGGGAAAGGCUUGUCCCAUCAGAGACAAAUGGAGCAGCCGAGACCACCUUAGGGGUUCUGGGAACCCCAGAGCCAGUCAUUCGCCUGCAGAGGACUCGAGGGGUGUGGCAGAUCCCUGAGAUCAACACCUCAAAUGCAGAAGCCCUUCUGGAGCUUUGGCCCCCGGGGAGUUUCCUGGUCAUGGGACACAACCCCAACCAGGUUCUGGUGCUGAAAACAGGACAUUUACCACAGAAAAUCAACACCUACCAGAUCCAGAAGCUUCCCGGAGGUGUGUCUCUGGAAUCCUCCAACCUCUGCAUGCCAGACCUGCCCCAUCUCCUGGCCUUCCUAUCAGCCAGCAGGGAUAUUUUGCCUAGGACACUGCUCCUGCCCCCUCCCAUUCUAGGGCCUGGAGACCAAACCACAGAUCCUCCGCCACAGAGUGACAGUGACCAAGUCAACAGCACAGGAGGGGUGCUGUCCAUGGUGAACAAGCUCUACUUGGAUACCCAUGGCCGGUGGGGAAUGGAGCAAAGAUCCCCAGAGACCUCUCCAGAGCCCACCAAGAAACCCAUUCCAGUCUCCAGGAACCACUCCCCUCACCGGGUCUCCUGGGUGGAAGGCCCUCUCAGCCCUGAGGAACACCCUCCUGGGCCAGCUCUGGCCAGCCUGGCGGAGCAGGAGGAGGAGGAGGAGGAGCUUGACAACUACAAGGAUGAAGACAAAGGGUGUGAGGACGCGCUCACCCGCCACGUGCGCGCCCUGGUCCGGGCGCGGAGCAGCUACGUGGCCAGGCAGUUCCGGGGCUUCCGGGCACGUCUGACCUCGGAGGCGGGCCCGCACAGGCCCGGGGACCCCGCCACAGAGCUGCUUCAGGAUAUGCGCCACCUCCUCACCGACCUCCAGGAUCACUUGGCCAAGGCCCCGGAUGCCAGGGCCAUCUUUGGGAGCAGAGAGAAUGGGGCCCCAAAAAAGGACGAGGAUUUUGGUCCCGCGGUGGAGGCGGCCUUGUGCCGGGCAGUGUUGGCACCGCUAAAGCCUGUCCUGUGGACGCGACUCCGCACACUCAGAGCCCCGGAGCUGCGACGACUGCGGAGGCGACAAAUCUCCCUGAGGGCGGGGUCGGGGCCUCAGGGGGCGGGGCCUCAAGGGCAGGGCCCCGCCUCCGCCCUGCGGAACCGCAUCCACGCACGCCUGGAGCACCUCCACGCUGCCUGCGCCCCUCGCCGCAAGGUGGCGCUACUGCUGGCUGUGUGCAGAGACAUCUACGCGGGCCUGGCUCCCGGCGAGAAUAAAGAGCCCCUGGGGGCUGACGCCUUCCUGCCGGCACUGACGGAGGAACUGAUCUGGAGUCCGGAUAUUGGGGAGACUCAGUUGGACGUGGAGUUUCUUAUGGAACUCUUGGACCCUGAAGAGCUGAUGGGAGAGGCUGGGUACUACCUGACCACGUGGUUUGGAGCUCUGCACCAUAUUGCCCACUACCAGGAGGACACAGACCGCGCACCUCAGGGGCUCAGCAAUGAAGCCCGCGCCUCUCUGCGCCAGUGGCACCGGAGACGCACGCUGCACGGACAGGGCCAUGCUGGGGCCGAGGCUGACCUGCCUUUUGAGGAACCAUGGGAAGUAGCGACUGUGCCCAGAGAACAAUGAUGAUUCAGGGGUCUCACACCCUCUGAUCCUCAAACAAGAUCCUAGUGGAAACUGGGACAGCACCAACUUCAAAGCCCUAUGGUUUAGAGACGGUCAGGAAGGGGGCACUCGGGAAAAGGACACUGCGCCCACCUCUGGGCCUUUGCCAAGGCUGUUCCCGCCUCCUGGAAUGCCCUUCCCUAAUAGCCACGCAGCCCCUCCUUCCCUUCAGCAGACCAGCGUCUCUUCCAGAUGCUCCUAAAACUGCAACCCGUCUGCCUUCUACUGCUCUGUUGAAGGCAGAAUAAUAUUGUCUCUCGAAAGAGUCCAUCUCCUAGUUCACAGAAUCUGUACAUGUGUUACUGUACACCGGAAAAGAGACUUUCACAGACCUGAUUCAGCUAUGGAUCUUGAGUGAGGGAGAUUAUCCUGGAUCUAGGUGGACUGAACAUAAAACACAUCAUCCUCAUAAGUUGGGGGCAGGAAGACAGAAUCAGAAGAUGUGGUGCAGUGGCACCAGCAGAGGCAGGUGUGACAUGGCCAGGAGCUAAAGAAUGCAGGUACACAGGAGGAACACAGGAAUGGUUUUCCUCUGGGAGCUCCAGGAGGAACUCAGCCUUUGAUUUUAGGCCCUUAAAACCUACUUUGGACUUCUGACCCU